AUGCCCGCGAUCACCGAAGCGUUGAAAGCCGAAAUUAGACGCUGUAUCAAUAAAAUACCGCCAAAUAUAUACAAUAAUGCUAUUGACAAUUUUAUCAAAAGAGUAUAAUACGCUAGGAAGUUCGCAAAUUUUGCGAUUAUUUUAAAAUAUAUUUUGUUUCAUAUAUAAUUCCCAAAUGUACACAUGAUAAA